CUCAUCUGCCUCCUCAGCUCCUCAACGCUCACUUUGCUCAUCGGCAACUUCGCAGUUGCAGCAGCAGCAACAACAACAGCGACAACAAGAGAAGAAGACAGCCAUGGCCGACAGUGGAGACGGCAAGGGUGUCUCGGCCCCAUCCUCCGACCUGGAGACGCAGAUCCAGCGUCAGGGUGAUCUAGUCCGCAGUCUGAAGAGUCAGAAGGCCGAUAAGGGCAAGAUCAAGGAAGAGGUGGACAAGCUGUUGGCGCUCAAGGCACAACUCGGCCCCAGUGAUGCGCAGCAGCAGCAAAAGUUCACGCUGAAGACGCCGAAGGGAAUGCGGGACAAUGACCCGGCGGCAAUGGUGGUCCGCGAGGAGGUCUUCCAGCGCAUCACCGACUGCUUCAAGCGCCACGGAGGGAUGGCCAUCGACACGCCCGUCUGCGAGCUGAAGGAGACGCUGACGGGCAAGUACGGCGAAGAUGCGAAGCUGAUCUACGACCUGGCGGACCAGGGCGGGGAGCUGCUGGCGCUGCGCUACGACCUGACGGUGCCCUUUGCCCGCUACCUGGCGCAGAACAAGAUCAACAGCAUGAAGCGGUACCAGAUCGCCAAGGUCUACCGCCGGGACAAUCCCUCCAUCACCAAGGGACGCUACCGGGAGUUCUACCAGUGUGACUUUGACAUUGCCGGUCAGUACGACUCGAUGAUAGCGGACGUGGAGUGUCUGCGCAUCGUCUACGAGAUACUGCACAGUCUGAAGCUGACGUCCUUUGUGAUCAAGGUCAACCACCGCUGCAUCCUCGACGGCAUCUUCGAGGUGUGCGGCGUGCCCGCCAAGGACUUUCGGCCCAUCUGCUCGGCGGUGGACAAGCUCGACAAGAGCACCUGGGAGGAGGUCAAGACGGAGAUGGUGGAGGAGAAGGGCCUGUCGGUGGAGGCGGCGGACCGCAUCGGCGAGUUUGUCCGCCUGAACGGCGGCGCCGAGCUGGUGGCGACGCUGGAGGCGGGGGCGCUGGCGGGCAGCAAGCGGGCGGCGGAGGGGCUGCAGGCGAUGCGACUGCUGCUCACCUACGCCGACCUCUACCAGCUGACGCCGGUGGUCUCCUUCGACCUGAGCCUCGCCCGCGGCCUCGACUACUACACCGGACUCAUCUACGAGGUGGUGCUCACCGAGGAGGGCGUCGA